GGCCGUGGCCUCGCGCAUGCGCAGUGGCGGCCGGGCGAUGGCGGCUGGGGCCGCGCGGCCCUGCGGCGGGCACGGGCCCCGCUGGGCGCUGCCGCUGCGGCCGCCGCUCUGCCUGGCCUGCGCUGUGGAGACCCUGCGCGACGGCAGCGCCUCGCUGGUGCGCAAGAAGCACGUCGUCUCCCGCCUCCACGAUGCCCUGGCCUGGCAGGCGCUGCCAGUCGUCCAGCUGCUGGCACCAGACGAGAGGGUCUGCGGUCAUUUGAUAGGAACUCUCUUUGGGAUGUUGCAUACUGUGGAAGACAGUGGUGCCCUGGACCUGUUUGCAGAAGUUCUGGUGCGGCUUGUAGUGGAGCUGAAGUCAGAACAGUACUUACGCUGCAUUUUGGAUGAAAGCCAAAAAGAGCUGUGCAAAGCAACUACCAUGAGGGGCAGCCUGCCCACAUUCGCUCUCUUGGGCAAGCUGGCAGAUGCCAUCCCAGGCUUUGCGGAUAUACUGGUGGUAGAGCACAGUAAUUUAGUGGACCACAUGCUGAUGGGUUUGACAUACCCAAAUGAAUCUAUAAAGGCUGCUGUCUGCUACUUGUACGGCAAGCUAUACUCCUCUCCUGUUGGCACAGAGCGGCUCUCAGCACACUUUGAGGAAAGGCUGUGUGGUCUCUUCUUGAAGGCCUUGGGGCGUGCACAGACAAAGGAGCUGCAGGUUAAUUGUUUGGGUUUGCUAAAGGAGCUGCUGAAAUCUGACCAUUUUGUAUCCAUUCUUAUGAAUAAUUCAAGGACAGAGGAGGAGUCUGAGAACCCUGACUUUUUAGGAGGGGAACAUCCACUGCCGCUUGUUCUCAAAAAGCUUUUAUUGACCAGAGAUGAAAUUUUACAGGCAGCAAGUGCUCACUGUGUGGCUGCAGUGCUGGUUCACUCGCCCAGCAGAUAUGCUCCUCCUUUUAUCCAUGCGGAUGUCCCAGAAUUCCUGUUUGAGUGUCUCUCGUGCAACAGUGAAAUUCUCAUCUGGUCAGUGUAUUGCUGCCUGCUUCUCCUAACUGAAGAGCGCCUUUUCUUCUCGAAGUGUCACACAGUCUAUGGCAUUGAGUCUCUGGUGAGGAGUCUCCAAGACAUCCUGCAGCUGAACAAUGUGGAAUUGCACAAGCAGGGGCUCCUGCUCUUCACCGAAAUACUGAAACGGCAGCCAGUGGAAAUCAAAUUAUUCACAAACCGAGGUGUAUGUAUAGAAGCCAUUGAUGUUUUGAUGGAGACAGUGAACUGCCCUGUGCUCGAGGUGGUGGUGGAGGCUGUGAGAGCUGUGGCAGCUUUCCUGAGGAAGGACCAUCUGAGCUCCCCUCCAGUCCCAUAUGAAGAGCUGCAGAAGCUGCUGGAGGCAAUGCUGAAGCGAUGUGCUGACUUCUCCCCACCACAGAGUAGCAAGAGGCAUGCAGGUGAUCUCCUAUUCUCAGUGUCUCAGAGUCACCCAGCAAACAUAAAUCGUGGCAGAGUUCCUCAGAGACAGGGCCAGUUAUUGCUCAACACACUGGAAAGUUUCAGAAAUGCUUGCAGGUUAGCAGUGGAAUUCCAGAGUGACCCCAUGGCCCAGGAGAAUGCUUUCACUGCCCCCAACUCUAAAAGUAAGGACACACUGAGCAACUUCUCUGAGUUCCUGUUAAGGAUUUGUGACAGUCUCUGCAUCCCCAUGGUCAUGAACUACCUGGAAAGGGCUGUCAGCCCAUCAAUGAUGGAGAUUUUCAUCUCAACACUUAACACCCUCUUUACAGUGGUGCCAAACAUGCGGAAUAAGUUCUCCAAAAAGCUGGCAUCCUCCUCCUUCAUAAGACUGACAUUGGAGCUGAAGGCCAGAUUUUGCUCCGUGCAAAGGGUGAGGAGCACUUGGAGACACUCUCUGUGUGUCUGCAGAGAUGUUUUACCUUCUCUUUCCUGUGACUGCAUCUCAUUAAAAGGUAACCCUGCCUUGAAUCAGGCCUGCUCCAGCUUCCUCUGCAGCUUGUGCCUGAGCCUUUACUCUGCCACAGAGAAGGAGAGAACUUCUGCUCAGGAGGAGCAAGAGAUGUCUGAGCUGCUGCAAAAGGGUCUGCCUCAAUUAAACUACACUGUUGCUGAAAGCCUUCUCCUCCUGGCUGAAGCCCCUGAGCCUUUCCCUUUGGAUCAGUCUCUCACCAGCCACCAGCACUGCUUCAUACUCCUCUUGUACUUUGCCUACACCCAUGGGGACAGGUUUGUCCCAGAAGCAGAAUUAUUUUUAGCCAUAAGAAAUUUCCUCCUAUCAGCACAGGACCGUGGAGACUGUCCUGCUCCAUACAUACUCAGAGCUGCGCUUUACCUCCUUGCUGUCUGUCAGGACAAAGGCAGAGCCAUGGACUUGAGGUCGUCGUGUACCAUAAGGAGGAUCCUGGAUAAUCUUCCAGAUCUGAGCUUGGUCUACGUCCACUGUCCUCUCCUGCUGAAACUCUUCCUGCGCUACCCUGAACUUAUGGGGAGAUUUGGACGCCAAGUCCUCCGGCUCUGGUUUACCUGGGGAGACUGCAAGCAAACUGAAACUCAAGAAGCUGGUUUUGGCCUGUCUGAUCAACUGAACAGUGUUAACCCAUUACUUCCCCUUCUGAAGAGCAAUUCCAGCAUUUUACUUAUUUUAUUGGACCUGGUGUGCUCAAGCUCUGUGGAGGUGGCCUGGAAGGUGUUGAUGACUCUAAGGAUCUUCCUGGAAAGAAAUGAGGAUGUUCUUGUCUGUGACCUCCUCCGGAGUCAGUUCCUGCAGAUUCUGCAGCAGCUGCUGGUCGAGAGCAGCUCAGCUUCCUUACAAGCUAACAGGAACCUGCCUGUUUUGCUGAGCCUCCUUUUCCUGGUACAGCUGCGGAGCAAGGGUGUGAGGGAGCUGGACAGCACAGACUUCAAGCUGCUUCACCAGGUUAGCAAUCUCUGUGGGAAAUGCAGGCCAAGGGACACUGACCUCCUGCAGCCAUCCUUGAAUUUUCUGUACUGGAGCCUUCAUCAGACAACACCUUGUAGUCAACAGAGAGCAGUGGCUGUGCUGCUCUCCAACGUGUCCCUGCUAGAGCUCCUGCAGAAGGUUUUGGAGUGCACCUGGCUGCGGCCUCUUCCCUCUCAACCUGCUUACCUGUCAUCUGAGGAUGCCUUGCUUUGCUCUGGAUGGCUGUUGGUUGCAUCCCUCUUACUUUAUCAGCAUCGCUACAACACUGAGGUUCACCAGACACUCUCUCUAGACCUAACAGAAGUCCUGAAUGCAGUCAUCUUCAGGAAGAAGAAGCCAGUCCUGCUGUUAGUGAGCAUCAUGCAGUUCCUGAGAGCUGCCCUGCGACAGAACUUCUCCUCCUCUCUGCUGGUGAUCAUUGACCAAAACGCAGCCCAGGGUGUUACACAACCACAGCCACGAUUGCUGCAGGAUGCUGCCUUGCACCCCCUUGCCAUGUGGCAGGUCUUCUCACUUGUUGUCAGCCUGCAGAACCUUUUGGUGCAUGUCCAGUUGCAGAAAGACUUGCUGCUUUCUCAAGCUGUGGUUGCCUGCCUGGAAACCUUAGUGGAAUACCUGUAUGUGAAGAACCAGGAUGUUGCUCUACAUGUUGCUUCACAGCCCUGGCACCGAUUCCUGCUCUUCACACUACUCAAUGGGGGCCAGAAGUCCUUUCUGCAGCCAGAAGUUCUCAGGCUGAUGACUUUGUUUCUGAGAUAUCAGAGCAGCAAUAUUAUUUCUCAAAAAGAAAUUAGUCAGAUUCUCCGGGAAGCAGCAGAAGCAAACUUAACAGAGCUGCCUGAGGCCACCUCUCAUGCUCUUCACCUCUUCCUUUGUCAGAUUCAGAGCAGUCAUUGCCAGCUGGAGCCGGCACAGUCAGAGACCAUUCAGACCUUGUUGGAGCGCCUUCUGGGACAGAGGACCACAUCUGUAAAACAUCAGGACAUCGUGUAUCCUUUUGCUGGGCAUAUCCUCUCAGGGUGGAAGGAAGGAAUACUUAAUGUGCUGCUCCUCCCCUUCUUCCAGCUAAAAGUGACUAAAGUGGGAAAACAGAGUGGUUGCUGCUGUUGCCUGACUUUGGGAUGAAAGACAUCAUCAUCCCCAAAUUUGAGAAGACAUUUGGGAAAUGAGGAGUCAUUUGGGAUGAAAGAUGUGUCUGUGCUGGGAUUGCAUUCAUCUAUGCAGCAGAGAUGGUCUGGUGAAAGGGGAGCAGGCCGGGGAGCCUGUGACUUCAAAGCGUUAAUGAUCCCUGUGUUGAUUUCCCUGGAGGAUGCACAAUCACUUAAUCUCUGUCUGUGUGCUAACUAGCGCCACUAUGCCCAUGAAGUUGUGAAAACCCAAAGAUGACUUGAGCACUUUCAAAGUACAACCAGCAUUCAGAAACUGCUGAGUGGAUUUAACAAAUUCUGUUCCGCUUGGCCUUAGAGUUCCCUGCUGGGACCUGAAUCCUCCUCUUCUCCAUGGACAGCAGGCAGGAGCCGCUUCCAAAUUACUUGUGGAGAAAGAGGGAACCUGAUGCAAGAUUUUUUCUCAAACUGUCUGCUUUUGCCUUCCUGUUUUCAUCACGCCGCGUUGCCUCAGACAGGUAGCAGUGAUGAAGUAGCUGCAGCAGUGAUUUCCUGUUGGCGUGGGGACUUCCUCCACUGUGGGACACUGUCAUCAGCCAAGUGCAGGGCAUGUGGUGGGUGAGGUGUUUGUUAUCUGUGAGGAGUAGCUUGUCUUCAUGCUUAUCCCCAUUGUGAUACCGCUGCUCUGUGGUGGGACACUCAGAGCACAAGUUGUCCAGGUGGAGACUGUCCAGCCCCAUGAAGUUCCUCUCCACUGCCUUUGCCUGUCUGUACAGGAAGGAGGGAACACGAAGCCUUUUUACAUGGCUGAAGUUGCUUCUCCUUUCUGGCUUUUCCACAUAUGAAGAAGCUUUUUAAUCUUGGUUAUUAGGAAGGGGUUUGUAUAUGGUCAAAGAGCAGCAGUGGUGGCUACCUGACUAGGAUAGUGGUGAACAUGGAAGACAAAACCCCCUGGUCAGAAACAAGCUUUGACAUCAGGUUUGCCCACACUGGUGUUUCUUAUGUGUUGGUGGGGUUUCCAUGGCUUGGGAGAGGGUUGGUUUAGUAAUGCAAACCUCCUGUCAGCAACGUGUCAACUGCGGGAAUUGCCGUAGCAUGCUAGAGUUACAGCCGUGCCUUCCAUUUGUUUUCUGCUCAUGCUGUCAAUGGCAGAUGUCUGGGCAGUGUAGCAGUGUCCCUGUCACACAUUGGAGACUGAAUGAGAAGAUGUGGCACAGGCAGCUGAGGAACAAGGCAAGAAUGGAAUGGGACACCCUAUCCUGCUAUUUAUUCCAGUGAGCAGCAGAGAGAAGAUGGACAAAGGAAGUAACUUGUUGCUCAUUUUCAGAAAAAAGGUUUGUUGAAAAUCACCUAUAAAGCCUGGUUACUGAAA